UUACGUGAUAGUUUUCAUCAAAAUAGCAUGAAUAAAUGCUUUUGGACCUCCAUAUUCCCCAUAGUAAUGUUUGUAAUCUUAUCAUUUUCAGUGUAGUCUUGCAUUAGUACUUCAAAAUAUUACUUUUUAGUUUCUUUAUAGCCACGAUUGAGCUUCCAUAUCAAUGAGACAGUCGUGGUUUUAUUUAGUGUUUACAUGACGAUUUUCACCUAAAAAAUGUAAAUAAAUAUCGACACAAUUGGGCCUCAACAAUUCCCACUAUCAGUCGUGUUUUUAUUCAUUUCAUUUAAAACUUUUUUUACAUGACGAUUUUCAAAUGCGAAUAAAUAUUGUUACCAUUGGGCCUCCAUACUUCCCCAUAAUGAGCCGUGUGUUUUUUUUUUUUUUUUUUUUUAAACGCUCCACAUUCCAGUGGACCGUAAACGUCACAGGGGGUGGUGCUGCGUUCACGGCCCCAUCCCCCCCCAAAACCACGAGGCUCGAGUGUUGACAGGCCAAUAACCGCCCAUCGGCUCCCAGCGCCCGGUCCUCCUGCUCCGGCUCUCCGCCAAAAGAAAAAGCCUCGUCUCUGCGUCCGCGGUUUGAUUUAACGUCCGCAAAAAAAUAAAAAUAAUUUUAAAAAAAAAAAAAAGAAGACGGAAGGAGAAGCUACUUUGGGACAAACUACCCGCUUUUCGACGCUUUUUCCUCGGCUCUCACAAAGGAUUAGCGGCCGUGCGGCGGUGUGCGGAGCUCGGAGCCCCGGAGCCAGACCCCGCCUUCCCUUCAUUUGUCAACAAAGGGGUUUGACAAGCCCCGGAGAAGCCCUGCCCCCAUGUUCCCUUAAAAGGAUGAUUUGGCCGCACACGGCCGAUAAUCAAGCCGUGGCGAAGCGUCUCCCUUCCCCGUCCCGUUCGUACGGUGCGUUGACUUCCUCCGUCGCCGUUAAAGCGGAGCUAUCAUGGCGGAGCGCGCACAGCAGCCCCCGGCCAAGCGGCUCUGCUGUCGCCCGGGCUACGGAGGGGGUUGUCGGCAGGGCCAGCGAGCCGCCUCCGGGGCUCAGAGCGGAGGCGGCGGCGGCGGCUCUGGCUCCGGCUCCGGCGCUGGAGGCUCCUCGGCCGGGCAGGGCUCCUCGGGGCGAACCCAGAGCCCGGAGACUCUCCUGGACAUCGCGGCGCGGAGAGUCGCGGAGAAGUGGCCGUUCCAGCGGGUGGAGGAGCGGUUCGAGCGGAUCCCGGAGCCCGUGCAGCGGCGGAUCGUGUACUGGUCCUUCCCGAGGAGCGAGCGGGAGAUCUGCAUGUACUCGUCGUUCAACAGCGGCGCGGAGGAGAGCGGAGGCGGCAGCGGGGAGAGCGGCGACGAGACGCGGCUGCCCUUCCGCCGGGGCAUCGCUCUGCUGGAGGGCGGCUGCGUGGACAACGUCCUGCAAGUCGGGUUUCACCUCAGCGGCACAGUAAGAGAACCCGCCACGACCUCAGAACCGGAGCUGGUUUGCAACGUGAGCGUCAGCUUCGACCGCUGCAAAAUCACCGCGGUGACGUGCAGCUGUGGCAACAAGGACAUUUUCUACUGCGCCCACGUGGUCGCGUUAUCACUGUACCGGGUACGGAAGCCCGAGCAGGUCAAGCUGCGCCUGCCCAUCUCAGAGACUCUAUUCCAAAUGAACAGGGACCAGCUGCAGAAGUUCGUCCAGUAUCUGAUCACGGUGCAUCACACCGAGGUGCUGCCGACGGCGCAGAAGCUGGCGGAUGAAAUACUGUCGCAGAACUCGGAGAUCAACCAGGUUCACGGAGCUCCGGAUCCGACGGCCGGAGCGAGCGUGGACGAUGAGAACUGUUGGCAUCUGGACGAGGAGCAGGUCCAGGAACAGGUCAAACUCUUUCUGUCCCAGGGCGGGUACCAUGGAUCGGGAAAACAGCUCAACUUACUGUUCAGCAAGGUGAGGGAGAUGCUGAAGAUGAGGGACUCCAACGGCGCUCGCAUGUUAACGCUGAUCACAGAGCAGUUCAUGGGCGACCCCAGACUGGCGCUGUGGAGGCAACAGGGAACCGCCAUGACGGACAAGUACAGGCAGCUGUGGGACGAACUAGGAGCUCUGUGGAUGUGCAUCGUGCUGAACCCCCACUGCAAAGCCGAGCAGAAGAGCUUCUGGCUGCGACAGCUUCGCAGGUGGAACGGCGUGGACGUCUGCCCCUUGGAGGACGGUAACCAUGGCAGCGAGCUGACCAAUCUGACCAACGCUCUGCCCCAAGGCCCUGCUGGCAACCCAGAUGCGCUGACUCGUCCUCACCGGACCGUCUUCACGCGAGCCAUCGAGGCCUGCGACCUGCACUGGCAGGACUCGCACCUGCAGAACAUCAUCACCGAGGACCACUACACUAACUACUGUUACCACGGACACCUGGACAGCUCGCUGUUCGACGCCCGGGGGUGGCCGCUGUGGCACGAGCACGUCCCCACGGCGUGCGCCCGGGUGGACGCCCUGCGUUCCCACGGUUACCCCAGGGAGGCGCUGCGGCUCGCCAUCGCCAUCGUCAACACGCUGAGGAGGCAGCAGCAGAAACAGCUGGAGCUCUUCAGGGCUCACAAGAAAGAGCUUCUUCACCGAGGAGUGACAUCGGUCACCAACCUGGAGGGCUGGGUGGGUCACCCCCUGGACCCCAUCGGCACUUUGUUCAGCACCCUGAUGGAGACGGGGAGGAGGGGCGGCGAGGACGGCGCUCUGCUCGACUUCUCAGGUUCGCCGGGUUCAGGCCGGAGGGCGGAGCUUCCCUUCGUACCCGCGCAGCAUUUCCUGGAGGAGGGCGAGUCGUUCGCGGCGCUGGCCGUGGAGACGGCUCUGAUUGGCUUAGGGCAGCAGAGGGUGAUGCCCGACGGCCUCUACGCCCAGGAGAAGGUGUGUCGCAACGAAGAGCAGCUGCUGGCCAAACUUCAAGAGGUCGAUUUGGACGACAACUUGGUGAAAAUCUUCCGGAAACAAGCGGUUUUCCUGCUCGAGGCUGGUCCUUACAGCGGUCUGGGGGAAAUACUCUACCGAGAGAGCGUCCCCAUGCACACCUUCGCCAAGUAUCUCUUCACCUCCCUGCUACCUCACGACGCCGAGCUGGCGUACAGAAUUGCACUGAGGGCCAUGAGAUUGCCGGUCCUGGAGUCCACGGCGCCCUCCGGUGACCUGUCUCGGCCUCACCACAUAGUAUCGGUGGUGCCCAACCGCUACCCUCGCUGGUUCACUCUGAGCCACAUAGAGACACAACAGUGUGAACUGGCCUCCACCAUGCUCACUGCUGCUAAAGGUGACGCCCGUAAGCUGGAAACAGUGUUAGAGUCCAUCCAGAAAAACAUCCACUCCUCGUCCCACAUCUUCAAACUGGCCCAGGACGCCUUCAAGAUCGCCACGCUCAUGGACAGCCUGCCCGACCUCACGCUGCUCAAAGUCUCCCUGGAGCUGGGCCUUCAGGUGAUGAGAAUGACUCUGUCCACGCUGAACUGGAGGAGGAGGGAGAUGGUGCGAUGGCUCGUCACCUGUGCUACUGAAGUUGGUGUGUUUGCCCUGGACAGCAUCAUGCAGACCUGGUUCACCCUCUUCAGCCCGACCGAAGCGACCAGCGUCGUCGCCAGCACGGUCAUGUCCAACAACACCAUCGUCCGCCUGCACCUGGACUGCCACCAGCAGGAAAACCUGGCCAACUCCGCCCGCACCCUGGCCCUGCAGUGCGCCAUGAAGGACCCCCAGAACUGCGCCCUGUCGGCGCUGACGCUCUGCGAGAAGGACCACAUCGCCUUCGAGACGGCCUACCAGAUCGUACUGGACGCGGCCGCCACGGGAAUGAACUACACUCAGCUGUUUACGAUAGCGCGCUACAUGGAGCACCGGGGCUACCCGAUGAGGGCCUACAAGCUAGCGACGUUAGCCAUGACUCACCUGAACCUCAGCUACAACCAGGACACUCACCCGGCCAUCAACGACGUGCUCUGGGCGUGCGCUCUCAGCCACUCGUUGGGGAAGAACGAACUGGCGGCCGUCAUCCCCCUGGUGGUGAAGAGCGUGAAGUGCGCCACCGUCUUGUCGGACAUUUUGCGGCGGUGCACGCUGACGACGCCGGGCAUGGUGGCGCUGCACAGUCGCAGGAACUCUGGGAAGCUGAUGUCCCUGGACAAGGCUCCGCUCAGGCAGCUGCUGGACGCCACGAUCGGCGCCUACAUCAACACCACGCACUCGCGGCUGACGCACAUCAGCCCGCGACACUACAGCGAGUUCAUCGAGUUCCUCAGCAAAGCCAGAGAGACGUUCCUCAUGGCGCACGACGGACACGUCCAGUUCACACAGUUCAUAGACAACCUGAAACAGAUAUACAAGGGCAAGAAGAAGCUCAUGAUGCUCGUGAGAGAACGGUUUGGUUGAUGACCAAAUAGCCAUUUGUUUUAUUUUAUUUUAUUUUAUUUACUUGAGUCUCCUUUUUUUUUUAUUCUUUCUAACUUGAAGUGAACAUCCAUCAUGUGAAUCUUAUUCCUGUGAUUUGGGACUUAAUGGGUGUGACUGGAGGACGAACACCGUUUGUUUUUUUGUUUUUUCCCGAAGGCAAAUAAUAAUUAAGACUGUGUUGUGAGACAGACAGAGUCAAUUGUUGAAUAAUAGGAACAAGUACGGGACAUGUUUUAGGGAAAAGGUUCUCCAAAAAGUUAGCAACACCGGGGGCCAGAUGCUUCAAACCAUGUGUAGAGCAAAUAUUAAGUCAAGUGUUGAACAAACUUUUAAAUUUGUGUCUUGCGUGGGUCACACCUGCAGGAGCAUCAUUUCAAUAACUCUGAGGCUAGCCCUAGCCGCUAAUGCUAAUGGCUGAGUCCGAGUUUCCAAAGCUCAACCACAGGAGUCACUUCAGAAACAUCGGAACAUGGCAAAACAUUUCAUUUAAUUUCAUCGUGCUGGAGUAAAACGGACGUCCAGUUUUCUAUUGAUCCACUUACGUUGCAAUAUAAUAAUUUUUAUUACUAAAUAACCAACAGCGCCAUUAUUUCAUCACGUCUACCUGUAGAGCUUCAAUUUAAUUGAUAAAAUUAAGUAAAUGUAAGUUUAACUGAAACUGUAACCAAUAAUAAAUAAUUAUUUUAGUCAAUUUAGUCUAAAAAUCAUUACAUUUAAGCUGCUCAAAGGUGAAAAUCUAAAACAUUUUUGCCAUUUUCUGAUGUUUGACGACCCAACGACUGGCAAAGAUCGAACCUGGAAGCCAGACCAACCAGUUUUUUUUUUCUUUAUGGUGGAAAGUUUGAGUCUCUCCGUUGGGAAAAAGUCGAGCAUAAGUCAACCCACUUGCCAGUUCAUUAGGUACAGUAGUAAAAAAAAAACAUUCUGAUAUAAUAGUUUUAAUGUAAAUCUAAGCUUUAAGAAGGUUAUUUUAUUCUGCAUCAGGUUCAUUGCGGAGGCCGUGGUUUGUAGCUUGUUCCAAAAUACGUCUCAUCUCCCCAAAGUCAACACAGUUCAACAGCAUCACAAUCUACCUCCUCCACAAUGAUCGUCAUUCGUAGUGAGAUUAUUAAUAUCCCUGCUAUAAAGCGGAAAGUAUUUCUAUGUGCAGUUCAAACAUCUGGCCCCUGGUAGCGACGAAACGUUCAGUUCUUCAAAGUGUUUCCCUUUUACGUGAACGAGUGUUUUUUACACCGAGCGUUAUCCUGAAUUGUCCAGUGGCAAAAAUGUCUACCUUGCACUCCUCUUACUUCCCUCAGCUCACAGCCUCAAAGAGAAGACGAACGUCUUUAAACCAAAUGGAGCAACUCCAGCUGAAGUGACGAGUACCUCUUUUUAAAGGAUCCAGCUUUACUCCUCCUCCUCCUCCUCCUCCUCCGCCUCCUCCUCCAUCCGCUCAACACAAACUCCAAAUCCACGCUCGGGAUCCGUCUCACUGCCGUCUUCAGGCUGGUUGUGUCUUCUUUUAUGAAUAACGCCGCUCGCUCUUGUGGGAACUUCGCAAAACCGUCAACACACAUUCUCAGGGAUUUCUCUAAAAGACAAAAAAAGAAAAAGAAAAAAAAAGACAAAAAAAAAGAAAGAACAAAAGCAUUUUAUUGUCCUGUAUAUAUGAAAGUAUAUGUCUGAAUAUUGAAAAAAAAAAAAAUGUAUAUGUUAACUAAUUUAUGACAGAAUAUUCUAUGUAAGGCACAAUACUUGAAGCUGCAGUACUUUUGGGGUUUUUUGAAACAAACUAGGGAGAAAAUAAAAAAAAGAAAACAUAUCAGAAGGACUUGAAGACGUCGGCCUCGCGUGGCUUCAGACGCUGCAGACAUGAAAUGAACUGCAGAACAGGAAGUGGACGAGCAAAGUGUGUUUUCUCCUCGGCUCAGACGUGUCUGGAGGACGGUAGAAGACUGUGGAGGCAGAGCUGCAGCGAGAAAACAAAACGAGAAAACAGAAAACGGCUGCACGACUAAAUCCACGCCUCCUCCUCCUCCUCUUCUUCUUCUUCUCACAUCUCGACUUUGUGCAGGACAGAAAGUUGCUCUACACUUCUUUAGGUCUCGACUGUUUUUCUUUGUGUGCUUCUGACUUUUUCCUUUCUGCUCCCCGUCUUCUCUAGACUUCCUCACACGAGAACAGCCUUCUUUUCUUGCCUUGUCUUAAUGCUUUAAAAUAACCAAAUGGGAGUUUUUCUAACGACCAAACUCUUUCCGUACGCCGGCUCUGGCUUCGGUUACAGCCUCGUAAGUCGGCCCGGCUCCUCGUCCUGUGCUUCAAAAGCUCAUCCAUUAUUUUUAUUAUUAUUAUUAUCAUUAUUAUUAUUUCUGUUUUUUUUUGUUUUUUUUUCCAGUGUCGUCUUAGAGGUCUGCUAGUGGCUCCUUUAUUUUUUAUUUGUAUUUAUUACGUUUAGGUAAAUGAUUGUAAAACCAUGUCAACAUGCUCAUGAAGUUGAAACUAAGAUUUGAUACACUGAUCGAUUUAUUUAUGUAACUAAAAUCACUGUUUUAUAAACUUGUUAAUGAAUCAACACUUUGUUUUGAUUAAAAUAGUUUUUUGAGAGGA